GGAGGGGAGCAUUCACACCCCGCUGUCUGCGUUUAGCAGACGGGGCCCCCAGUCUCUCAGUGAAGCGGAGGGAGAUGAACGGUAACCCGUGCGCCCGCAGGCUGGCCCGCCGCUCCCGCUCCGCCUUGCUGCUCGCCGCCGUGUCCGUCCUGCUGAUCCAGACCCUCAUCGUGUGGAACUUCAGCAGCCUGGACUCCAGCGGCGGGGAUACAGGCGGCAGGAGCCGGGAGAAGAGGGACGACCGGACCGGGGGGUUCAACAAAGCCGAGAAGGAGCGCAUCCGGAGGGGGCUGCAGAGGAAAGACGAGCCGCAGCUGCUGCAUGGGAAGGCGGCUGUCCGGCACAAGCUGCUGCAGGCGGAUGUCCACUAUCCGCACCGUCUUAAAGAGAAACUCCGUCCGGACAGCAACAACAAUGAGAACUCUGUCCCAAAAGACUUUGACACCAUCGACAGCAACAGCAACCUUGGAGCGCGAUCGCAGCGCCAGCGACCACGAAAACUGGAAAAGAACCAAAGCAUGAUUGGGAAUGACGUCCUAAAGCAUGUUCCCAUCCUCCCUAAAGUUCACAACCAGACCCACAAUCAGAAGGCCCUCCCACAGCUUCUAACCCAUCCAGUGCCGGCUCCGGGAUCCAAUCAGGAUCCCCCCUUUUCUCAUACAAAGAGGCCAGGUUCACCUCCGUCGCCGCCGGGUCUGGAGCCAAACAAGGAGCAGCCACAGUGUGAAAUCAAUGGGAAAGAGGCCAUUUCUGCUCUGUCCAGAGCCAAGAGUCGGGAGUGCCGGCAGCAGAUAGUGGAGGUUUACUGCAAGCACAAAGAGGGGGCACUGAUUCCUGAGAAGGUCCCUCGUUACUGCCCUGUGGAAGGUAAGGCUAAUGUAAACAUUCAGUGGGAUGACGAUGCGACCCCCAAAGGCUCUCCACCGGUUCGCAUCGCCUUUGUUCUGGUCAUCCAUGGUCGCGCCUCACGUCAGUUUCAGAGACUCUUCAAAGCCAUUUACCACACGUCACACUUCUAUUACAUCCACGUAGAUCAGAGGUCAGAUUACCUCCACAGAGAGGUUCUAUCUCUGGCAGAUCAGUUCCCAAACGUCAGAGUGACUCCAUGGAGGAUGGCCACUAUCUGGGGUGGAGCCAGUCUCCUCACCAUGUACCUACGCAGCAUGGAUGACCUCCUCAAGAUGGCUGACUGGUCUUGGGACUUCUUCAUCAACCUCAGCGCUGCUGAUUACCCCAUCAGGACCAACGACCAGCUGGUGGCAUUCCUCUCCAGAUACCGCAACAUGAACUUUAUCAAAUCUCAUGGCAGAGACAAUGCUCGCUUCAUCCGUAAGCAGGGUCUGGACCGGGUCUUCUACGAGUGCGACACACACAUGUGGCGUCUUGGAGACCGCAAGAUCCCGGAGGGCGUAUCCGUGGACGGAGGCUCCGACUGGUUCCUGCUCAGUCGGCCGUUUGUGGAUUAUGUAGUGAAUUCCAGGGACGACCUGGUCAGCAACAUGAAACGCUUCUACGCCUACACGCUGCUACCAGCCGAGUCUUUUUUCCACACCGUUCUGGAAAACAGCGUCCACUGUGAGACCAUGGUGGACAACAACCUGAGGCUCACCAACUGGAACCGCAAGCUGGGAUGUAAGUGCCAGUACAAGCACAUAGUGGACUGGUGUGGCUGCUCUCCAAAUGACUUCAAGCCCUCAGAUCUGCCGCGAUUCCAGCAAGCCUCCAGGCCCACCUUCUUUGCCCGGAAGUUUGAGGCCAGCGUCAGCCAGGAGAUCAUCAGCCAGCUGGACGCCUUCCUGUUCGGAGCGUAUCCGUCCAGCACCCCGGGUCUCCAGGCCUACUGGGAGAACAUCUAUGACCAGGAGACGGACGGACUCUCCAGCCUGUCCGACUCCACUCUCAGCCACUUCCACGCCUUUUCCCGUAUGGGACUGAGCCGUGCCGCCGGGUCGCUGCAGGGACAUCCCAACGACCACAGCUGCAGGUACGUGGCCAUGAGCCACCCAACGUCUGUGCACCUCUACUUCCUGUCGGACCAGUUCCAGGGCUACCUGGUGCGUCACGUGGCCACCAACCGAGCCUCCACCCAAAUGGAGACCCUGGAGACCUGGGUGACACCCAAAGACCAUUUCACCCUGUCCAACCAGCCUCACACCAGUAACAGACUCCAGCACAUCCAGGUCGGGUCAGACUGGGAUCCAAAAGAGCGCAUCUUCAGGAACUGGGGGGGUCUUCUGGGACCCGAGGACGAGCCUGUAGCUGUGCAGCACUGGAGCCGAAGUCAGAGCAACCUGACUGCCACUGUGGUCUGGAUCGACCCCACCAACGUCAUCGCCGCCACCUAUGACAUCCUGGUGGACGCGUCCGCCGAGGUCACCCACUACCGGCCGCCUCUCACCGCGCCGCUGCGACCGGGCGUCUGGAAGCUGCGUGUGCUUCACCACUGGAACCUGCUGGGUCAGACCAGCUUCGUCGUUGCUCCGCUGGAGUUUCACCGACAGCAGCCCAUUCAGAAAGAGGAUACACUGCGGCUUCACGCCGGUCCAGCCAGGAAUGCCUACAUGGAGCAGAGCUUCCACGGUUUGAACCCGGUGCUACGGCUGCCGGUGAGUCUCAGCGCCGUGGAGGAGGCCGAGGCAAACUCCGCCCUGACGGGGGCGCCGCUCAGACGCUGGCUGGACGGCCUCCUGGCGGGCCACUGGUCCGCCUCGGACGUCUGCUCCCUUGGCCCCAGCGCCUGCCCCGUCAUGCAGCGAUGUCCCCUUACAGCAUGGAGCUCAGCCAGCCCUGACCCAAAAUCUGAACUGAGCAAACCCAGAGAGAACGGGCGGAUCAGGUAGCAGUGGGAUGGACGGAAAACGGAGAGAGACGGAUGAAGAAAGGCACCUUUGUGUCUGGUAUUUAUUUAUUUAAAGAUUCCAGGAACCGAAGAGGAGAAUCCAAACUCAGUCUGAUCCCACUUCAGUUUGGGACGGUGAGGCUGCUGAGCAGAGCGAAUGAAUGUCACAUCCAGAACCUCAUACCUCUUGUUGUUGAGUCUGAAGGAGCUGCCUCACAUGUUCACACUGAAAACAGCUGUGGAUGCUCGAUUUAAAGGAGCAGCUCAGAAAAAUCAGCCCCAAUCCAAACGUUUUAUUUCUUUAUUUGAUGUCGACCAUCAACAGAUGUUUAAACUCAACAAAAAUAUAAAUGCAACACUUUUUGUUUUGCUCCCAUUUUUUAUGAGAUGAACUCAAAGAUGUUUAACUUUUUCCAUAUACACAUUAUCACCAUUUCCACAAACCAGUCUAAAUCUGUGAAAGUGAACUUCUGCUGUGUGAUAAAACUGCAAUUUUCAGAGUGGCCUUUUAUUGUGUGCAGUGUAAGGCACACCUGUGCACUAAUCAUGGUGUCUAAUCAGCGUCUUAAUAGGGCACACCUGUGAGGUGGGAUGGAUAGGGUUAGGGUUAUCUCAGCAAAGUAGAAGUGCUCACUAUCACUGAUUUAGACUGGUUUGUGAACAAUAUUUCAGGGAAAUGGUGAUAUUGUGUAUGUGGAAAAAGUUUUGGAUCUUUUAGUUCAUCACAUAAAAAAAUGGGAGCAAAAUCAAAAGUGUUGCGUUUAUAUUUUUGGUGAGUGUAUAACUGGCCUUGAUGUAUUUCGCACAGUUCCUGAACAGCUUUGGGAUGUAUAGGGAGGAAUGUUUCAGUAGUAUUUCUCAGAGUUUAAGUGUGGAGCAAAGAAAAUUCAAGUAUUAAAAAAAAUCUUCCAUUUUAAAGGGAUAUAACUGUUACUUUUGUUUUUAAGAACAAGUGCUCCCUCUAGUGGCAUCGUACUGUAAAUUUGGACCACAUUAAGAAAGAAGGUUUUAAAUUUUUUUACAGACCAAAUGCUGUACAUGAACAAACAUUUUCCUUAAAAUAAUAUUGUUAUACAAAAAACAAGCUUUAUAAACCUCUGAAAAACUUUCAAAAAUGUUGCAGUUGGAGUUUAUAUUGUAAAUUUGUUUUUGUUCAGCACCAACAUUUCCUGUAAAGUUUAGAUGGACCCAGGAUUUGAUUUUGUUUUUUUCCUAUUUGUAUUUUAGAUGCUGAGUUGGACUCAAAUUAACUCAGUUAUGUGUUUUGCCCAUUUUACAUCUAAAGAAGAAGAUUGCUUCCUGUGAGCUUAGAAACAUUCUCCUCAUUAGUUAUCUUGGAGUGAAGUGUUAGUCAAUGGUAUGAACAUGAACAAAGCUUACAAAGUUAUUAUUAUUGGAUAUUUUAGACGUUAGACCUGAAUUGUAUACAUGGCUGAAAAUGCCGGAUGAUUGAUGGAUGCAGAAAAAUACAUUUUCAAUGGUUGGAUAAAUCACAGAUGAUUGAAUUUUUAGAUAAAAAUGAGAGGAAAUUGAUAGAUAUUUUAAGUUACUGGAAAAUAGAUUUUGGAUUACAAAUAUUUGCAUUCUUCUUUCUUUCCCUCUGCAUAUUAAUCCACACCUGAAAAUUCUCAACUCCAAUUCCAUCCUUUCUUCCAGACUGAGUAGGAACUGUUAUGGAUGUAAUUUAUCCCAUCAACCUCCUCAGCAACCACAGGUGUUUUCACAUAGAGUCCAGCUGGAGUCAGAGGGAGAAACUCCAUAAAAACAACAACUCAAACGUUUUUCUCUUUUCUCACUCAGAUGGUUUGCUGAAACAUUUUCCCAUUCUUUAUGAAAACACGAUCAAAUGUGAAGAACUACCACAGUUUAGGACAUUUUGUUGCCUAAUCACCACCUGCUGGCGGGACAUUUUUAUUUCAUUAUUAUCUAUUGAAAUAACAGUCCUCUGGUCAUAUCUGAUAAGCAGAUAAAAAGUGAAAAAAAAUCUUUCUUGUUGAAUAUUUUCUUAACAUGUCGAAGGUUUUUCUUCCUGUACUCCAGCUGCUCUGGUUUGUGUGAACUUCUGGGUUUUCUUUGUGCCAUUUUCAAAUCCUUCAGACUUGAAGUGAACCAAUCCUGAAAGGAAUUGAUCUUCAUAUUUCUUUUUAAUGUUUUCUCUCUGUGUUUCAAACAUUUAGGACCUGCUGGAGUAAUUUAUUUAUUUUUUUUCUUAGUAGUUCCUCAUCUGAAGAGAUUCUGUAUGUGCUUUCUAGGGUAAAAUAUGUGCCUUUGUUUCUGAAGGCUGAUUAAACUACUAAAUUUUAUUGAUCACAGAGGAACCAUCUUGAUGAAGCUGUGAUGUGCUUUUCUUUCCAUCAUGUCGUCUGAAAGAUGGGAGACUGGAUUCUUAUUGAGUUAAAUAAACACCUUUUAGUCUUCUCUGAUGAAGAAAUGUCUAAUUUUACAUUUUUAGUUCAGAAACUAUCUAAAUUUAUGCCUUUUUGCUGCUAAUUAUUUCCAUAAUCUUCCUGCUCCUCAAAAAGGAUAAAACUGAACAUCAAGGUCGCCCUCAUGUGGACAAACGGUGUAAAACUGACAACUUAAAACAUUGAACAUUUUAAAAUAUUUCAAUGAUCUGAUAUUUAAUGAUUAUGAUCUGAUGAAGGCAGCCCGCAUAUCUGUUUUAUGAAUGUUGAAUAAUCAAUUAUUCUGUUUUCUAUGUUGUGGAUCAGAAUGAAAGUUAAUUUAUUUUUACUAAAUCAAUUCAAAAACUGAGAGUAUUAUUUAAAUAAAUACACACAGAAUGUUGUAUUUCUAGCUCUAAUUUAUUUUGUUAUUGUUUUUUUUAUUUUAUUUAUAACUUUCAAAGAUGAAAAGCCAAAAUUCUUUUCUUAGAAAAUUAGAAUAUCAGACUAAUAAAAGAUUCUUUUAAUAAACUAUUGUGGGUCUAAUGAGUAGUAUUUUCAUGUACUAUACUGUAUCUCUGGUCAUUGCUGCAUCAAUGCUGUGAAACAUGCAGCUGAUCAACCUUCAGUUCUGCUAAGGUGUUGAAAGGGAUUAAUAGGCUUCUUCUUGACAAUACUCAAUGUUUUCCCUGCAUUAUUGAUCAGGGUCAGAAAAGCAGGUCCUGAGAGUUUAUGUAGUGUGAGCCACAGCCAAAUUGCACUUUCAAUUAAAGCUGCAUCUCAUAAUGUUUGUCAGCAAAGGAAGGAAAGAGUCUCCUUUUGGAACCACGUUCUUUCCUUUCACUCUUCUUUCCAUUAUAAUAUUGAAUAAAGCACUUU